AUGGCCUCCUCGUCCCUAAAGUAUACUUCCAAGCUUGUCGGCCAGCGGGUCCUGGUGUUUGGAGGCACGUCCGGCAUUGGGUUCUGUGUCGCCGAAGCAGCCUUCGAGCAUGGCGCCCACCUCAUAAUUUCCAGCUCGAAUCAAAGCAAGCUCGACAAGACAGUUACUAGGCUGAAAGAAACCUACCCCUCUCAGAGUGAAAAGCAAACCAUCACUACUCACGUCUGCGACUUAGCCGAUGCCGCGAACCUCGAUGCCAACAUCCAGUCUCUUUUCGAAGAAGCCACCAACUUCGGCACCGUCAAGCUUAACCAUGUUGCUUUUACCGCGGGCGACAUGCUCAGUCGACCACCUCUGGAAGGGUUGACUCCCGAUGUCAUCUAUAGCGGCAUAAAUGUCCGCUUCGUCGCCCCGGCCGUGAUGGCCAAAUACAUCCACAAAUACGUGGAGCUCUCCCCAGCUAGCUCUUUCACUAUUACCAGUGGUGUACGCAGUCAGAAACCAGCACCGGGUUGGACUAUGGCUACAGCCAUUAGCUCUGCUGCUGAGGGUCUUGCUCGCGGUCUUGCUGUGGAUCUCAAGCCUAUCCGGGUGAAUGCCGUUGCUCCCGGUGCGGUGCACACGGAGCUUUUUUCUCUUUUCCCGGAUCUUGACGGUGCUCUGGAAAUUUUCCGACAAGCAUCGACCACUGGUACAGUUGGUAAACCGGAGGAUUUGGCGGAAAGCUACCUUUAUUUGAUGAAAGAUCAGUUCGUGACUGGCACCGUGAUCCAGUCCAAUGGUGGUUGUCUGCUUGUUUAA